AUGGAAGCGUUUUCCAAAGCUUUGCAGAGCGAUGGUGAAGCUCCUCAUAUCACGUCUCAGAACGAUUGGGCUCCUGUACACAGCGAGGUGAAUCCUCGCAAGAAAGGCCGGCGGCCGAAAUCAAAACCAAGUACUUUAGUAGACGAGUCAGAAGUACUGUCUCAGGGCCUUUCUCAUGUUCUUCUCAGAUGGCCAAUAGUGAUAGGAGUGGGCAUCUGGAUCACAUUUCUGGCAAUUGUGUAUGCAAUUGUACGAGGAUAUGUGGCAGGUUAUGAAUAUUUAUUUACUUGGCGUGGCAAGAGACGGAAACUACGAGAAGAGCUGCGGAAAGCUCGGUCAUAUCAAGAAUGGACCGAGGCAGCGACUAAAUUAGACGACCAUCUGGGGUUCUCGGAAUGGAAACAUACUGAGUCUAAAUCAGGUCAUUACGACCAGAAAACAAUAAUGUCGGUAGUUCGCCAGUUGAAAGACUAUAAUAAGAAAUGUCAGGCUAGUAGUGAUAGCUAUUUCAAGAGUCUUCAACAGACAGAUUCGGACGAUUCCGACUAUGAUCUCAAAGGACCGUUACAGGACAUUGAGGAACUGUGUACAAUACUUCAAGGAUGUGUAAAGUUCAAUUUUGCCGGCACACAGGGCCGUGAUUUGUACAGCCAGUGCUAUUAUGGCACUAAGGACACUGUUAAUGAAUAUAAUAAGGAGCUGGUGACGGCGUUAAAUGUGGUUGUCGAGUCGCCCUUCAUCCCCAUGCAGAACAAACGGACUCUAUUUAAACAUUUUUCCAAGAAUUUUGGCAAGUCGGCACUGUGUUUAAGCGGUGGAGCAUGUUUCUCGUACCGUCAUUUCGGGGUGGUUCGAACUUUGUUGGAUAAUGGACUACUACCCAAAAUUAUCUCGGGAACAAGUGGAGGUGGGUUAGUAGCUGCUCUUGUAGGAACUAGAACCAAUGCCGAACUCGACGAGCUGUUAGUGCCUGAACUGGCGGAUAAAAUAACUGCUUGUUGGGAAAAGUUUCCUGCGUGGUUUUUUCGAUGGUAUAAAACCGGAGCGAGGUUUGAUGCCGUGGACUGGGCUCAACGGUCAUGCUGGUUUACAAUGGGCAGUAUGACGUUUCUCGAAGCGUUCCAACGAACUGGACGAAUCCUCAACAUUUCAAUGGUACCAGCCGACCCCAGCUCGCCGGCUAUUCUGUGUAAUUAUAUCACCUCACCUCAUGCUGUUAUCUGGAGUGCACUUCUAGCCUCAGCAGCAGUUCCGGGGAUUCUCAACCCAGUGGUAUUAAUGAUGAAAACAAGAACCGGUGAAAUAGUUCCCUAUAGCUUUGGAAACAAAUGGAAAGACGGGUCACUGCGAACCGAUAUUCCUAUUCACGCACUCAAUACAUACUUCAACGUGAACUUUUCGGUUGUGUCGCAAGUGAAUCCUCAUAUAUCGCUGUUUUUCUAUGCACCACGAGGGACUGUUGGACGACCUGUGUCGAGACGAAAAGGAAAAGGAUGGCGAGGCGGGUUUUUAGGAAGUGCUCUUGAAACCAUUGUCAAACUGGAGAUCAAGAAAUGGCUGCAGCUAUUGAGAAACCUGAACCUGCUUCCCAAACUGAACAACCAAGACUGGUCCAAUAUCUGGCUUCAGAAGUUUGCUGGUACCGUCACCGUCUGGCCAAAAAUCCGGCUCGUCGAUUUCUGGCACAUUCUCGACGACCCUGACCGGUCGCAGCUGGCCACACUCAUGCUGUCGGGCGAACGGUCCACCUAUCCCCGACUAUUAUUUAUCCGCCAUUUCGUCAACAUCGAGCGGGCCAUUGAACAGGCCCGUCGGAAAGUGUCAUCACGCCACCAACACCAAGCACACACGCCUCUCAAACAUCGCAAACUCAACGGGACCAUCGCUGCCAACGGCAUCAUCCUCAAUGGCAAUGGCACCGUUCACACCACCUCGUCAUCUCCCUCGUCAUCCUCACUCCUCCACACACUCCCACCAUCCCACUCCAUCUUCCAACAAUCACACCUCGACGACUAUUACCACUCCACGAGCGGCACCGAACCACGCUUCGACCUCGAGCAGUCCUCGGACUCGGACUCUGCCUGA